AUACUCGACAAGAGGAAGACCCUCCCGAUUUGGCAACACAAGGAGGAGAUAUUGUCCUCCUUGAAGGAAAACCAAGUCCUCGUUCUCAUCGGCGAGACCGGAAGCGGCAAAACAACACAAAUCCCACAAUUUGUCCUGGAGAUGGACAAGAGAAGGAAGAUGAUGGUUGGAUGCACUCAACCUCGUUGGGUGGCGGCAAUGUCCGUGUCCCAAAGAGUGGCCGAAGAGAUGGAUGUCACAAUGGGUGAAGAAGUCGGCUACACCAUCCGUUUUGAAGACAAGAGCAGCCCUAAAACAGUGUUGAAGUACUUAACCGACGGCAUGCUUUUGAGGGAAGCCAUGACCGAUCCGCUCCUGAAAAGCUACAGCGCGAUCAUUCUCGACGAGGCUCACGAGAGGACCGUGGCAACUGACAUAUUGUUCGGGCUCCUCAAACAGGUGCUGAGGAACAGACCGGAUCUGAAGCUGGUGGUGAUGAGUGCAACGCUGGAGGCUGAGAAGUUUCAGGGCUAUUUCAACGGCGGAGCUCCUCUCAUCAAAGUCCCCGGCAGGCUCCACGAAGUGGAGGUCUUCUACAUCGCGGAGAGCCAGAGAGACUACGUUGAAGCGGCAAUUCAGACAACUGAUCCUGAGAUAGUUAGAUCAAAUUUAGGGUCUAUUUUUCUGACGAUGAAGAAGCUGGGGAUUGAUGACCUGGUGCACUUUGAUUACAUGGACCCACCUGCCCCCAAGACGUUGGAGCGAGCUUUGGAGAUGCUGUACUACUUGGGAGCAAUGGAUGAUGAGGGGAACUUGACUAGGCUCGGGGAGAUCAUGAGUGAGUUUCCAUUUGAUCCUCAGACGGCAAAGGCGCCGAUUGUUAGUCCAGAGUUCAAUUGCUCGAAUGAGAUCCUCUCCAUUUGUGCUAUAUUAUCAGUUCCCAAUUGCUUUGUCCGUCCCCCCAAGGGGGAGGCUCGAAGGAAGGCUGCCAAUGAAGCCAAAGCUCGAUUUGCACAUAUCGACGGAGAUCACCUUACUCUGCUCAACGUGUACCAUGCAUUCAAGUUGAACAACGAGGAACCUUUAUGGUGCUAUGAGAAUUUUAUCAACUACAAAGCCAUGAAGUCAGCGGACAACGUUAGGCAGCAGCUCGUGCGGAUCAUGUCGAGGUAUAACCUCAGGAUGUGCAGCACCGAAUUCAGCAGCAGGGAUUACUACGUCAAUAUAAGGAAGCCGAUACUGGCAUGA